AAGCAAAGUAGACGCGCAAUCGAUCUUUGAGUGCAGAUGGCGUGAUGGAGUCAUGCGUCCGUGUAGCCAUGGUUACAGUGUUGUGGAGAACCCUGGCAGAGGAAAACAGGUGUUGACUGGUCACCUCCUCCAGCAACAUGGAUAAGGGACUCAAUAAGGGAACGAAAGUGUCAAAGACAGAGCAAGAGAAUCCUCCUUCUGCGAGACCAGCAGAUCUUGAUGACCAGUGGGAGUCAGUGGAGUCUGACACAGAGAGCUUAGUGCAGGAGAGAGCUUACCAGCAGCAGCUCCAGAUGAAUCUCAGACGCCGUGAACAAAACAAAUACACACUGCCUCAGAGGGAUGAUGAUUACAGCUAUCUGUCUGGAGAGGAUGAAGAUACAACUGAUGAUGACAUUGAGUAUCUCCAUGUCUAUGAUAGUCUAGAGGAAGCAGCUUACCUCCAUGCUAAGAGGGGCCCCGUCCUGCCACAGAGUACACAAAGCGAAAAAAAGGACAGAAGACGCCAGCUGCUGUCUGAUGAUGCACAUUCUGACCUGCGCUAUGAUCCCAACUGGAGGAGUAACCUGAAGGCAUCCGGCCACUUCCAGGAGAGUGCACUCCCUUCUGUUAAGGAUUAUGACAAAGUCCCCCAAAAUGUAUCCAGUCAGCUAUGUGCUAACAGACAGGAAGUUGUAAUCAAAAGAGGAUACAACUACAUUGCUGACACACAUCCUGGUGUUGUGGUGACUUCUCCUGUGGCUCCCAAGCAGUGUGACCAACCAUACCAUCUGCAUCCUCCAGACCGCCAGGCUGGCUCAGUGAUUUCUCCCAACAGCAGCAACUACAGUUUACAGCAUAGAUCACAAGAUGCUCACUUUUCAAGUCCAUCCAGCCCCCUUUCAAAAAAUGAAGAAGUUCAACAUGCUAUGCACAUCCAACAAUUUAAAACCUACAACCAGCAAGGACUGGGAGGCGCUCAAGGAGGGGCCAACAAAACGCAUCAAACCUCAGCACGGACCAGUCCAAAGGUUUUAUCACAGAAAAAGCUGGAAGGAAUCUCAAAUGACAUUGUGAAAAGUAACAAAGUAACACUAGGGCGUGACAAACCUGAACCCAGCUCCUACAUGAUGGUGCAUGCACAGAAGAAGAUGUCUCACAAGGUUAAUAAGGUUCAGGAGAGUCUUCAGCAGAUUGCCAGCACAGAAAGUCAAGAGUACAGUUCAGACCGGGAGCUGAUGUGGCUCCAAAAAACACAACAGUUGAGGGUGACUCAUAUCAGCAAAGAAAAGAAAGCCCAGCAGAAAGUGAACCCCAACCCUCCUCAAAAGCAGCACCCCCCUGCCGUUGGGGUCGGAACAGAGCAGGGAAAUGAUCUGAACCCCCCUUUAGCAAGACCAGCAAAUUUUACUCAGCCCAAACAUCCGGAGAUGCCUCCCACCAUCCACCUGAACAUCAACCUCAACACUUUAUCCCAUCUCCUCCCAUCCCAGCAGAAGGGUCAGGGUGCAGUCAUAAACCUAGCAUCUCUUCAGAGCUUUCCUCAUUGGAUUUCUACAUCAGAGGUUGAACUUACACUCUCCCCCCCAUAUCUUCCAAAGAAUCAAGCACAGUUCUCACAGAUAUCUCAGAAAGGUGUUGAUCCACAGCUUAAAAACCAAAACUGGGAGAGUACCCCUGAAACACGGCAAAGAGCAACAGCAAGUAAGUGGCCGUUAUCUUGUGAAGGAGUCGACAAGAAGAGGUGUCCAAAUGAGGUUCACUGUCAGGAAAUUCCACACCACCUCCUCAGGACACCCACUACCACUUUACUGCCAGGCUCUGGCCCCCACACAGUUCUGCCUCCAAUUGGAAAGCCACUGAGUGGUAGAGAGGUUGAGACGAUCCCUGGUCAGAAUGUGAACACAGCUGACCCCAUCCACAGAAGCAGCUCCGACAGCUACCUGGUUCAGAUGGAGAGACAGAAGAAGAAGGCGAGAGGCACUCACAAGGCUUUCACUCUUACAGACUACAAGCAGCUGAAGUCAGAUAUAACUCUUGGAGGCCUAGGUCCUGACUACAAAGACAUCGAAAAGACAGCUGAGAAAAUGAAGCAGCAGAGGCUUUAUUCAAAUGUGAUCCACGAGCAAAACAAAAAGAUAGGUAGGAUUCCCUUUCUACCCGACAAGGACCCGCAAGGCAACAAGAAGACAGUUCCCAGGAUGAAGGCUUUGGAAUAUGCCAAGACUAUAGCUAACCGUCCUGUACAGUCUCAGCCAAAACAGAGACAGAAACACCAGUCUGAAAGCUCCACUGAGUACGCCUCACAUUUGGAGGGCUUGGAUGUGUUCCAGCCUGCUGCCCUGAAUGUCCUUAAAAAACGUCAUGAAGAAGAAAAGCAGGUGGUGGCUCUCUUCGGGAAAGUUCAUGCUGUCUGAGGCGAGCUACUGUUCAUGUAAGCAGUUCAUGAAGCCUAGAGAUGAAAGAACAACAUGCUCCCUUUACAAUUUCAACCUUGUACAUUCAAUGGAUUUGGAAAGAUAGCAACCCCUGAGAAGAAAGGUUGCUCAUCUGUGUUUGUGUUACAUUACUGUUUUGUGUCAACAGGUCAUUUCACAAAUCGUUUAUUGAAUAUUGCAGGCGCUGUUUUCCCAGCAACCACACUGAACGCUUUUAAAGACUGCUUUGGAUGCUUGUUUUUUUAUUUUUUUAUUGAUAAACAUCUUUUGCCGAUGACAGGCUUGGAUUGUUUUUAAACUUCCUGAUGACAUUACAGCUUUAAAGCCACCACACUCCAAAAAAUAUUUUAACUUUUGAACAAGACCAAAGUUGUUUUUUUAUGCUAACAAGCUUGUUUGAUACGUUUUGUAUAACACAACUAUUGAAAUGAACCUUCAAUUUAAAACACUAAAGCCACAUACACUAAAUUAAAAAACCCUUUGUUGCUGCAUUAGUUGGACAACUCCAUUGUUUGGUGUUGUUCGGAUGUUGGAUGAUUUUUUUUUAAUGGAGCCUGGUGGUUUACCAGCAUGAAAAAGUUCUGUUUCUAUGAGAAUCUUUCAGUCAUGUUAUGUGACACUUUAAACAAUGUGAACAAUCUGAGUCAGUCAGUGUGAAAAUAAAGCGCUUCUAUUAAAUGUA